AUGGAGUCUCUACUACGGUUCUACCAAGCAUCCAGACAUGAUAACGAAGGAUCACAUGGCCAAAAACUAGUUCCAUGGUUAAACUGGGAAGAAUGGAACUCUGUGAGACAGUCUCUCUUCGCUUCUUCUCAGGACUCUGUUGGCUUUGCUCUUGGAAGAGUAUGUGCAUGGCGAACAAGAGGAUGUUUUCCAGUUGUGGUUGAAGUUACUGCUUCAAUCAUUGAAAUUCAGCAACAAGACCCCUUUUUCAGAGUUGAUGCAAAUGAUGAUCUUUUGCACUCAGAAGAAAUGCUGGGAAUGCUAUAUUGCAUGGCAAUCAUGAGGCUUGUAAAUGGUGUUGUUGAGAAGACACGCAAGGCGACACAGGUUUCAAUUGCCGAGGCAGCUGAUGCAAUUGGUAUUCCACGUAUGCUGAUUGAUAUUCGUCAUGAGGGUUCCCACCGUGAUCUCCCUUCACUGUGGUUGGUUCGUCUUGCCUCAGUUAAGGUAUACUUUGUUCUUGUCUAUGCGGUCAUCUUUCUGCUUCUUUUUCCAGGUAAACAUGGUGAACUACUUUGUGGACGUAAUAAGUUUUUCUCAGUUAUGACUGGAAAGCUCCUCUCUUCCAACUCUGGAGUUCCCAAGAAACAGAUUACCAGGAUUUUGAAGAAUCUUGUUCUGUUAUAUUCUUCCUACUCCUCAGAAGUAGUAUCUGUGCUACUGGAUUUGUUGCUGAAGACAUCUGAUUCCUUGCACUUGGCUGAGCUUUUGAAAAAUUCUCAAAUUGGCCAGAGAACUGACAAUAUGCAAACUGUAUUUGAUGACUGGAAGCUUCUGUUAACCAAAUUCUCAAAUAAGGAACCGGAAUUGCCUCUGACCCUUCUUAAGGCAGUUCUUGAUAUGAUACAGACUCGGGAAGCCAUGAAAAUUGAAAUUGGUGGACAUCAUCUCAUAUUGUCAGAGGAUAAUGUUGAGAUUGGCCAAAUUGAACUCCUUUCUUCACUCUUUGCAUGGCUUGUUGAGCACUUCAAGGGGUUUUACUCUGAAAUACAGAUACCAAAAGCAACUCUCCUAGAACUUCUACGUAAAUGUCUUCUAGUAUCAGCCCCUGACAACAAGCUGAUCAUGGGUUCGGCUCUGCUUCUUGCGCAGAUGGCAGAAAAUAACAUUAUGAUUGAGAAACUCAGCUGUUUCUGUUUGCUAGGUUUAUCAAAAUCAGAUGUUACUGAAGAGACUGCUCCCCCCUUGAGUUUUGAAAAACUUCUUGUCCAUCAGGAGGAUGCUAUCCGCCAAGCAGCUGAGAAGCUGGAGUUAGUUAAAGGCCAUCGAGUGAAGGGCAGCAUUGUGAAGACAACAACAAAUGGUGAUGAUGGAAACCAUACCAGAUGGGUUGUGGCAAAGUCAUGGAACCCAUGUCCGAUUGGUAUGUUGCCUCGUGCUCUUGGGUCUUCUGGCCGCCUUCCUGCUCUUGACCAUAAUGAUAACCAAAAAAUGCCCCCAGAAUCAUCAGAAAGAAGGGAGCAAUGGGAAUUGAAGCACUGUAGCAGCAAAAGAGAAGCAUGUUUUGAUAUUGAGAUGUUGGAUGAUUCAAGUGUCAAGAAGAUGAGGGAAACUGUUGAGGAUCAAACAAUAGAGGGCCACGAUUCAGAUGAUAAAGAUGUUACUUUAUGUGAAGGUGUGAAAGGCCAGUUGCUGAUUAAUGGGGUUUGGAAGAAGGUCGAGAGAGAAGAGUUGCUUGCCAUUAAGUCUGCUGUAAGGAUUUUUUGCUUUUGCAGAAGUUAG